AACAAAUAUGAUUAUGUAUAAAAACUGACUCAACCCAUUUGCAUUAAAAACCGGUGAAAACUGUAUCCAUUUCAUUGAAACCAGUAAAAACCUAAUUUUUAGCACCACUGAUUUUUCGACCAAAAAAAAAAGCACCACUGAUUCAGCUUACAUGAUUCUCUCUCUCUCUCUCUCUAAAGAUCUUCAUCUUCUUUGGUUUCCUCCUUCCUCUGGUCUCCCGCUUUCACCAUUUUUCCCAUUCGAAAGUCGCCGUCAGCUACUCGGGUCUCUCCGUCACUUGUAACUCGUUCAUCUUGGACUCAGUCAUUGUGUUCCUUUGAAAUACUCCAUGGAUCCAACUCGAGCUUUCGUCACUUCUGUUAAUCGUGUUAUCGUCAAGGGUUUUUCAGUUCUGCCGCAGUACCAUUCUAUUGCGUUGAUGGAGCUUGGAACUGAGAAAAGUUCAGAAACAGAGUCAAAGAAGAAAUCAAAGGGUUUGAAUAUUGAAGGAUACCAAGUUGAGGGUUUAUCAAUUGGAGGACAUGAAACUUGUGUUAUUUUUUCCAACUUUAGAGUUGCUUUUGAUAUUGGUCGUUGUCCACCUCGUGCUGUUUCUAUGGAUUUUCUUUUGAUCUCUCAUGCUCAUAUGGAUCACAUUGGAGGAUUACCAAUGUAUGUUGCCACACGUGGUUUAUACCGUAUGAAGCCCCCAACAAUUAUUGUACCAAUUUCAGUAAAAGAGGAUGUAGAGAAACUCUUUGAGAUUCACAGGAAAAUGGACCAAUCUGAGCUUAAGCACAACCUCAUAGGCUUGGACGUAGGAGAAGAAUUUUCCCUGAGACAAGAUCUUAAAGUGAAAGCUUUUCGGACUUAUCAUGUAAUACCCAGCCAGGGUUAUAUACUUUACUCUGUAAAAAACAAACUUAAACCAGAAUAUAUUGGUCUUUCUGGUGACGAAAUUAAGAAAUUGAAGUUCUCUGGUGUGGAGAUAACAAACACGUUGAAAGAACCGGAAAUUGCUUUCACAGGAGACACCAUGUCAGAUUUUAUAAUUGAUGAAAAUAACACCGACGUCUUGCGGGCUAAAGUUCUUGUAUUGGAGUCCACCUUUGUUAACAAUGAAAUGACUGUGGAACAUGCCAGAGAUUAUGGACACACUCAUUUAUCUGAGAUAAUAAGUUAUGCUGAUAAGUUACAGAACAAAGCAAUCCUUUUGAUUCACUUUUCAGCUCGUUACACAGUAGAGGAAAUUCAACAAGCUGUAAGUGCAUUGCCUCCUCCAUUAGCCGGUCGUACUUUUGCACUUACUGAAGGUUUCUGACAAGAAUUUGGAAGUUUGAUUGAAAACAUAAAUGAAUGGAGUUUUUUUUUCCCUCUCCAUCAUCGUUGUUGGCAAAUGUGGUAACACUGGAAAGAAAGGAUAAAUCCACUGAUGUAUUCUUCGAUUAAAUAGCUUUUAAUCUAGUAACUUUUGAUUAGUUUCAUUUUAGUAACUUUUGAUUAAUUUCAUUCUAGUAACUUUUGAUUCAUUUCAUUAAGUUAAAGAAAAAUGUCGUUUAGAUGAUGUUAAUCAUUGAUAAAUGAAUUUGUACAUAUUGACUUAUGUUCUUGCAUUCAA